AUGAGAUACAUCGUCAUCACGUAUCCACUGAAGCCAAGGAUGACCAGAGGCACCACAUCUAUCCUAUUGGCCAUCAUCUGGCUAGUCUCCACCACAGUCACGGUUCCGGUUGCCGUCCACAGCGAAUUGUACACGGUGCGGCUACUCGAUGGCACGGUCAUCGUUCAGUGCGCCGAGAACUGGAAGAACGGCUACGCUAUGAAGGCGUACACUCUGCUAAUGGUGUCUGCGGAAUUUCUGGUUCCGCUGGUCGCUAUGUGCGUGGCGUACUACCUGAUUGCCAAGACGCUGUGGUUCCGGGAGAUUCCCGGUGGUCAUAACACGGAGGAGCAGGAACAAGCGGCUGAGAAUUCCAAACGGAGGACGAUCCGUAUGCUUAUCAUUGUGGUGGCGCUGUUUGCACUCUGCUGGGCCCCCUACCAUGGAUUCGCCAUCACCCGUGACGUAGUCAUCCCCGCGUCGAUGUCAGAGAACUUUGCGCUUUACCACACUCUCUUCUACGUCGUGGAGGCAUUGGCUAUGAGCAACAGCAUAUUCAACACACUUGUGUACAUUGUCUUCAACGCCAACUUCCGCAAGUGCGUCAUGCAGAUGAAGUUUCCGCGUGCGUUCCACCACGUGAUGCGCCACAGCAGCAUGAAGACACGGUCUUCACGGCCUACCUCUAAUUUCCGCAUGGGGACCUAUCAGCGGUCCACGGGGCCUGACAAGUCCUUCGGGAUGUCCAGUCCCUCUCGCUCACCCGUGACGAGGCGUCCGGUCCAGGCAAGCCCAUCCAAGCCAUACCAAAACACUCUGUUGCCACCACCAUCACCAGGAUGCAUCGUCAAGCCGAACGAUAGGCUCGACACUUUGCCAAACUGCAGUGUGUUCCUCUCAGAUGCAUGCAUCGGGAACUCACAGCCCGCUAAAACGCCAGACGAGGAACAGAACUCAUCAUUCCAAUCACCUCAGAGGCAGACUCACCACGUGGUUGUCGAAGGCAAUGGUACAGUGGUUUCUGUGCUCAACUCUGACUGCAGUGUAGGAAGCAGGGUCUGAAUCCCUCGAAAUUGUAUUGACCUGCAUUAACGUGGCUCCUUUUAACAUCAUAUUUCAUCAAUAUUAGGUUUCGCCCUUCACCGACGCGUAAAGACUGUAUACUCAGUGUGUUACCUCCCGAGUGAAAGUUGGAAAAAAUAUCACUCGGUUGGACUCGAACCCACGACCUCUUGCUUUCUAGUGCAGACGUCUUACCACUGAUGUACAUAGAAUCUGAUUUACAUAGCAGCGGGUACCGCGUUAUCGUAUCAUUCAUCGCAGGUCGUAUUAGCAUAUUAUGGUUGGCGCCAUGCAUGAAUAUGGGUCAAAACUUCGAAAAAGCCGGCUGUGGAAGCAUAAUAUAUUCGUCAGACAUUAUGCUCCCUGAAUU